CGGCGGCGCGCGCGGGAGCACGUGGGGGCGGCGGUGCCAUGGCGGAGCCGGAGCCGGGGCCGGGGCCGGAGCGGGGCCCGGCCGGGCAGGGGCCGCCCCCGGAGCCCCCCGCGGGCGGGGAGCAGCAGCAGCAGCAGGAGGAGGCGGCCGGCCCCGAGUGGAACAUCCCGCCCAACGCGCCCGCGUGCAUGGAGCGGCACCUGGAGGGCGCGCACUACCGCGCAGACGGAGCCCUGCUGCUGGGCGCUUCGGGGCUGAGCGGCCGCUGCUGGGCCGGCUCCCUCUGGGUGUUCGCCGACCCCCGGCGGGCCCCCAGCGAGGGUUUCUGCACCGCCGGCGUCCAGACCGAGGCGGGAGUCGCCGACCUGCGCUGGGUGGCCGACAGGGGCAUCCUGGUGGCCUCCGACUCCGGUGCCGUGGAGCUGUGGGAGCUGGACGAGAACGAGACCCUCAUCGUCAACAAGUUCUGCAAGUACGAGCACGACGACAUCGUGACGACGGUGGCCGUGCUCGCCGGCAGCACCCAGGUGGUCAGCGGCGGACAGGACUUCUGUGUGAAAGUCUGGGACCUCCCGCAGCAAGCGGUGCUGCGCUCCUACAGAGCUCACUCCGAUGCAGUGACAUGUGUGGCUUCCUGUCCUGGUAAGGACACUGUGUUCCUGUCCUGUGCUGAGGAUGGCAGAACGUUACUCUGGGACACCAGAUGCCCCAAACCAGCUACUCGAAUUGUUUGCAGUGCCUGUAAUUACCUCCCUACCUCAGUCCUGUGGCAUCCACAGAAAAGUGACAUCUUUGCUUUGGGUGAUGAAAAUGGAACAGUUGCACUAGUAGACACAAAGAAUCCUGAUUCUGCCCUCAGCUCCACUGUGCAUGCCCGACGUAUCACGGGGUUUGCAUUUUCUACACAUAGUUCACCUUUACUGGCUUCAAUUAGUGAAGAUUGUUCAGUAGCUGUUCUGGACUCAGACCUUUCAGAGGUGUUCAGAAACCGUUCUCAUCAAGACUUUGUAAAAGGCUUAUCGUGGUCUCCUUCAGAUAAUGCCUUGCUCACUACAGUUGGAUGGGAUCAUCAGGUUUUACAUCACACUGUCCCCAUACCAACUGGUGAAGCUUCUGGAGUCAACUGUGUAAAAGAAUAGUUUUAUAAACUCAUCGGUCCAAAUUCCUUCCUGGUAUUACUUUGAUUCUCCUGAAGUCAAAGGUGUUUGUGAACUGGAUUGGUUACGGACUGGUGUCUGCCUCGAAGCUUGUGACUAAGAAGGUUUUUGUAGUAAUUUUGAAUUAGGCAUAACUUAGUUACAAACCAGCCUUUACCCUCUCCUCAGGAGCUGGCUUCACCUGUGAUAAGACUUCAGUAUUUUACCCAGAAAAAAAUUUUGACUUCAGGCACAAAGGAGUUUUGGAGACGGGAUUAGGUAUAAUAAAAUAAAAUCAAAAAGACUUGAUUCCUCCCUCGGUUCUUCAAGCCACCGACAGAACUAAUAGAAACAAAUUAUUUGGGGAGGUUUAAAAAAAAAAAAAAACACACACACACAAACCCACACCUCUUUACUAAGGUAGAUGCAGAAGCCUUACCUGAGCUAAGUGUUUGCUGUGUAAAUACUUCCUUCCAACUGAACAGGAAGACAUGUUGGCAUUUAAGACCAGAAAGGUUCCCCUGUUGUCCUUAGUGCAGCACGCAGUGCAGAAGGCUGGCUUUUGCUGUCUACUAUUGUGGAUAAUCCCAUGGUGAGCACUAUUUGUGUACUUCUCCAUUAGUAUUGGAAUACCAGUGCUUGGUGUGACGAGUCGCAUAUGCUGUAUGACAAGGAUCCCAGCUGCAGUCCUAUAAUUAAACAGCUUUGUGAUGGUGCAUGACAUGCUGAAAUACCAGGACCUGUAAACGCUCAACCACUGGCUUGAAGCGGAGGCCAGCUCACAGGGGCUGUUGUGUAGAAUGCUGAAAGCCAAGAGAAGUUAGUAGCUUGACACCAUGUUUCAGCUCCUCUGCUGAACACAACAUAUUCAAAGAUAAGACUUGUGAACAAAAAGUUAUGUAAGGGAAAAAACUGGACUAAGGAUUUCAGUCUUCAUUUGCUUGCUCCUGUAAUCAAACUCUUGGUGAUAAACAAGACUCCUCAUGCACUUGCAGUUAGUGACUUUUUUUGCUGGAGACUUGAGAGGUUCAAACAUUCCUGUAAUCCCCUGAGAUGGACUCCACAUAAACGUUAGAGGUUUUUUUUUUUUUUUUUUUUGUAAUAUAACAUCUUCCAAACUAAACUGUUUCCCUGGAACAUAUUUAACUGAAAAUAAAUCGCUUUGCUCUACACACA